CAUCGCUAUCUCCACCGAGCAACUUUAAGCACCGGCAUAAAACCUCCACGUAUCAGGACGCGAUUUGCCCGCGGGUGAGGUUAAACUGGUGGGGUGUGGAGAACUAUCCACCUGCCGCUAGUGCCCAUGAGGAAGCCGGAACAGUUACUACUUUUUUUGCCGUUCUCCCGCUCAACUCCUGCAUCCACUGCACCGCCCUCAGCAUCCUGCGCUAGCCGUAUAAGUGUGGACCGCCAUGUCUUCAGGAUUCGUCAGUGGCGGCAAAGCGGGUGAAGAAAUCGAGCGCGAUGACGAAUGGAAAAAGGCCCAGCAAGAGAUUGAGGAUGCUCGACGCGCGAAAGCCGAAUUGGCAAAACAACAGGAUGGAAAGAGUCUCUUCGAAGUUUUACAAGCCAACAAAGACAAGAAACAAGCCGAGUUUGAGGAAAAGGCACGUUACAAACUUCAUGUCGCUCUAGAUGAUGAGGAAGCCGACUAUUUGGAUUCCGUCUUGGAGAAGAAGCGCCAGGAGGAAGCAAACGUAAAAAAGGAGACCUUCGAACAACUAGAUCUAUUCCGCAGGCAAAGGGAAGAAGCCGAGAGGAAAGCAAAAGGUCUUGAAGAAGAGACUUCAGAGGCGCCCAAAGACGAAGAUGCUCCGCAAUGGGCGGCAGUAGGACGGAAGAGGAAGAAGGGUUCUGAAGCCGGGCUAUUGAAGGGUGUGAAGCUGAGGAAGUCGAGCUCCGUACCAGAGGACAAGAAACCUGUGGACGAAGAGAAGGCGACCUCACAGUCUGGCACGAGCGCCAAGACGAACAUGCCAUCUACCGCAACCAAUGCAAAUGGUUCAAAGAGCCCUGCGACGGCAUCUGCAGACCCGACGAAGCCGUCAGCAGCGCAAUCGACAUCGAAGCCCGUAAACACACUUUCGCUCGGCCUGGGCUAUGCAUCGUCGGACGACGAAGAUUGAGUCGCUCUCAGAUUCCAACGGCAACUUCUCAAGGAAAGCGCAUACAGCUUAAACGAGCGCAAUCGUCGGUAUGACAUUUGCAAUGCCGGCCCGAUAUGAUGGUAGUCGCGCUUGCGCAGGUACAUGUACAUGCGAUCUGGGAAGCUUCUUUUGACCCACACCAACAUAGCGAACAAGCUACUUGGUGCCAAUGUGUGCCGACAGUCAACAUACUUGGGAUAUCUAACUGCAUAAACUGAUCAAGACGACUCCUCUGCGCGUAGAGGAAACCGUUUGCAGGACGCGAAUUGACAAUGAUGUCAUUGGCUGGCCGGCUCGGCGACGCUUACCUGUUUGUAGCGCCGUACUACGACCGCAUCUCCCAUCAGAAGUAAUUAUCAAAUAUAC